UUCAGGAGAAGAGGAGCUGAGCCCUGAUUCCUUUAUUGUAUCUCUCAAAUAGAAAAUACUAAAUGCAUCCUUGUAAGUGUGCUAAAAACCUGGAUGGAAGCUCAGAGUUUCUGCAGACAGUAUUACACUGAUCUGGUCACCGUCCACAAUGCUCAGGAAAAUAGCGAGCUACUUGCAUUUGUUGGAUCUGCACCAUCGCUCUGGAUCGGUCUGUUCUUAGACUCUUGGCAGUGGUCUGACCAAUGCAACUCUACCUUCAGAAACUGGGCAGCAGUAUCCCCAUUACAGAGUUCAGGAACUGGUGACUGUGUUGUCAUGUCAGGAGUUACUGGAAAAUGGGUUAAUUCUUCAUGUAAUGAACAGCAUCCUUUUUUCUGUUAUGACGAUGUCAAAGUUCAAACUGUCAGACUGACCUUUUCCCUUGAUGACAAAUACAAUCUGAAUGACCCUUCACUACAGACUGCCAUUCUCAAUCAGAUAAGUGAAAAGCUAAAGAGCGCCGGACUGCAGAAUCGCAGCACAAUAAGGUGGCUAACGGAUGAAGGUGGAGAGGUGUUUCACCUGGAGAGCAAACCAUUGAUUUCAAAAGAUGCGUGUGAUAAAAACUAAUAUUUAAUGAAUGCAGUGAACUUUAAAACAUACACAAUACAAAUGAAGUAAAUUAAUAUAUUUGCUUUUAGCAAUGAUGUGUGCAGUAAGAUAUGAUAUUUUAAGUAGUACAUUAACAUACAAUUUUCACCAAAUAUUUCUUCGGAAAGUUAUUGCUUUUUUGUAAUUACAGCACUUAAAGUAGAGUGAGUUAGUAAUUCUGCAUCAGGAAGGUAACCAUUUACUACUACUGUAUGUACUAUUAGAUUAGUUAAGAUGCACUGUAAAAAAAAUGCAAAUAUAAAAUUCAUGUUAAAUUGCAGUUAAAUACUGGCAGCUAGAUUUGCCAGCAUACAGCUGUUGUAUUUUAACUGUUUACAUACUGUAACCUGAAACAUCAUAUUACAGUAUUGUGCUGUAAAAGACAUGGCUGCACCAAAAAUUUGUUAGGUGUUUGGUUGCCUUUAUAUUGUUAUUUUUAUGUCCCUCGUGUAUUUAAAUAAACAUUAUAACUAUAACUGCAACUGUAACAUAUAUUAUAGAAUUUGAUCUUUAUAUUAUAAUACUGUUAUAAA